AUGCUGAAAAACCAGAAUUAUUCCAUUAUGAAGGUUAUUCAGGAGAGAAAAAAGCCACCUCAUGGGAGCCUGGUGCCAGCCCCUCCGCCCCCCUGCGUCUCUUCCCCCCAGAACUGUUCUCCGGAGGCGGAGAGCCCGGGCCCGGGCGGGGACCCGGCCCAGCCGGCCCAGGCUUCUCCUCCCGCCGAGGACGGCAAACUCAAGCCUGGCGCGAAGCGGGUGACGUUUCCUUGCGACGAGGACAUCGUGUCGGGGGCCGUGGAGCCCAAGGACCCCUGGAGGCACGCUCAGAAUGUGACUGUUGAGGAAAUUAUCACUGCCUACAGACAAGCCUGUCAGAAAUUAAACUGCAAACAGAUACCCAAACUACUGAAUCAGAUACAGGAGCUUAAGGAUCUGGCUCCCAGGAUAGACUGCUUGGACCUCAAAGGAGAAAAACUAGACUACAAAGCCUGCGAGGCGCUGGAAGAGAUUUUCAAACGGGUCCAGUUCAAAAUUGUUGAUUUGGAGCAAACAAACUUGGAUGAAGAUGGUGCCUCGGCGUUAUUUGACAUGAUUGAGUAUUAUGAGUCAGCAACGCACCUCAACAUCUCGUUUAACAAACACAUCGGCACCCGAGGCUGGCAGGCAGCCGCACACAUGAUGAGAAAGACCAACUGCCUGCAGUACCUGGAUGCUCGCAACACGCCUCUUCUGGAUCACUCGGCACCCUUCGUGGCUCGUGCUCUACGCAUCAGUAGCAGCCUGGUCGUGUUGCACUUGGAGAAUGCCAGCCUGUCUGGGCGCCCGCUCAUGUUACUAGCAACGGCUCUGAAAAUGAACAUGAACCUUCGGGAGCUGUACCUGGCUGAUAACAAACUGAAUGGCCUGCAGGAUUCUGCUCAGCUUGGCAAUCUGCUGAAGUUUAACUGCUACAUACAGAUACUGGACCUGCGGAACAACCACAUCCUGGACUCAGGUUUGGCGUACGUCUGUGAGGGGCUGAAGGAGCAGCGAAAAGGUCUGAUCACUCUGGUUUUGUGGAAUAACCAGCUGACUCACACCGGCAUGGCUUAUCUGGGGAUGACACUGCCCCACACGCAGAGCCUGGAGACCCUGAACCUCGGUCACAAUCCUAUUGGGAAUGAAGGGGUUCGCAAUCUGAAGAACGGACUCAUUGGAAACCGCUCCGUCCUGCGGCUGGGCUUGGCAUCCACCAAACUCACGUGUGAAGGUGCUGUGGCAGUAGCGGAAUUCAUCGCAGAGAGUCCCCGGCUCCUUCGACUAGACCUGCGAGAGAAUGAGAUUAAAACGGGAGGCCUGAUGGCGUUGUCCUUGGCCCUCAAGGUCAACCACUCGCUGCUCAGACUGGACUUGGACAGGGAACCAAAGAAAGAAUCGGUGAAGAGCUUUAUUGAAACCCAGAAGGCUCUCUUAGCUGAAAUCCAGAACGGCUGCAAGCGCAACUUCAUUCUGGCCAAAGAGAAAGAGGAGAAAGAACAGAAAUUGCAGCAAUCGGCCUCCAUGCCAGAGAUUACCAUUACAGAGCCUGUCGAGGAGGGAUUGGUGACCAACUGUCAAUCUGACAGCACAUCACCCCCGCCGGAAGAGGGAGAAGAAGUUGCGGAGACGUUGAUGUCCAAAGAGAACGGGGAUACGGAUGAGGCAGCAAACAGCGACAAAGACGGAGUGACGUAUUCGGACUCUGACACAGACGAGGAGGUAGAGAUUGGGUUGGUGACUAAAGAGUUUAGUAAACCAGAGAGCCCAAAGGGUUCUGAUUACGUAGCUUACUCACCUCAACCGCCACUUUCUCCUGAGAAAACUGAGGAAACUCUUAGCUCAGGGGGCAGAGCGCCCCCUUCAAACACUGCAGAAGAAACACCAUGUGACCCCAAAGGUGUGGGGAGCAACCCAGGGACCCCAGCACACACUCAGUCUCAAGGGAACGAGAGGAGGAUUUCUGUUUCCAGCCCAGGCCGAGGCCAUAAGGUCUUCGUGGUGACACGGGUGGAAAGUCUGCCAGAAAAGCUGGGCGAGAACACUACAAGCCAGGAGAACCCGGGGAAACCUGCUAAGCCCAUAGCCCAGAUCCUGCUGGCAAAGACUGAGUUCUUGGACUCACAAGCGAAUGGGACGGUUCCCAACUUGGAAAGUGCCGUGUUGUGCGGAAGCACUGGAGCCAGCUCAGAGCGGGUCUCCCCUGGGCAGUGUGAGAGCACUGUCCUGGACACCCUGCUUCCCAACGGGCUCAAGACAGAGUUUGUUCGUGCGCUACCAGAUGCAUCCUCCGGUGGCGACGGGAAAAUGGGGAGCUGUGCCGUGGAGCAUGAACUCAGCUGCUCCAAGAAUGAGAAGGAGCUGGAGGAAUUGCUCCUAGAAGCGAGUCAGGAGACCGGGCAGGAGCCACUGUGACACUUUAGAUCCUCUGGGUCGUUCUGCGUUGAGCUGAGAUUGCCCUGGGAAAUGCCCGUGUAGCUUUAUUCCUUCCCCACUCCACGUGAUUAAGAAAAACCUUGCUCUGCAGCACAGAGGUUAUUUUUUUCCAAACCAUUGUGAUAUUUCCUUCCCUAGACACUCUCCCGCACUCUUGAUCCAUCUUUCCUGUGAGGAAGGGCUCUGAGACCUUCAGGGCGAUUUGGGAAGGGAAGGAGAGCAGAUAAGAAUCUGACCAAGAGCAAUUUCCUGGCUGGACUCCAACGUGAGCUGUGGCACUUGAUGCCAGUGGCACCUACGAUUUCAUUCUCUGAUACUAUACGACACUGCGCUUUUCUGUCUGUGUUCCUCUGGAAUCACCACUGUUCCCGAGAGGGGAGAGACCCACGAGUGGGCAGUGGUAGGAAUAGCUUCCUCGGUCCGAUGGGAGACUUGCAACCCAGUGCCUUGUAGGUCAGGCCUGGGUUUGCUUUCCAUACACUAAAAGUGCCCCGUGUUUCUGAAGGACAGCUUGCAAGAACUGUCCUCUGGUUCACAUGGAAACCCAAAAGGGGAACCAUUGCACAUGACAGCGUCCCCAAAAGAAAGGCACUGACAAGCUGUUGAGGAACUGGUAUUGCUAACCAGACUGUCCAAGACCGGCUGCAUUUGCAGCCAUGAUGGUUAUUUAUUUUAAAGUCCCUCUUUCCAUAUAUAUUUAUCAUGAUCUUGCAAAGUACUGAACAGGAUCUAAUGUAGACAACAGUGGCCGUCUUAGUCCAACCCGCCACCUUUUUGGAACUCCUCCUAGGUUGGAAUGCUCUGCUAUCAAACACUGUCAAAAGUCCCCUCCCUUGCAAGACACGUGCAGACCUCCACAGUGACACAGCUCCUCUGUGUGCGUGCCCUCGCAGACCUACAUUUCGGGAAGCUCCCUGCCUCUGUGCUGGAAUUUUUGGAUGACAGUGACACCGAUAGGCAGAGUUGUUACCCUCAAGGAGCAUCAUCGGUGGGAAAGGAGUCACUGUGGUGCAGAGUAGUCCAACUUCUUGACUGUGAAACCUUCAAACAAAGGUAAAUGGGACCUUCUGCAAGGUUUUUCAAAGCCAUAUAGCACAGAACUGUCGGUGCGAACAGGAGGGGGAUGGGGAUGGACGUGCUCCAGAAGACACGGUCCUCUCCUUUUGAAGACUCGCCCAGCAGUCUACUGUGGAGCAGGGGGCACCGGGGCAGAGCAGCAGCUGGAUCCGCUGUAGCGUGACACACUAAAGGAAUUCGGGGGUUGCCUCAUUCAAGUUUCUGCCCUCCCUCUGUGUGGGGCUUUGACCCGCAUGCCCUUGGCCGUGAGGAGGCUCCGGGGGAGAAUUGAGGUAACACGUAAACAAGAAUUUUACUUUUGGGACUAAGUAGUUUCUGUUAGCUGGUCAGCCAUCCCUUUGACGCUGUAAAGCCUCACUUCAGAUAACCGCGCCUGCCCCUUGACC